CCAGCGCUUGCUCUGCCACAGCAAACUACAAGGAUUACAGAGUUCCCAACACUGUGGGAAGAGAACGCUUAGUUUCUAUAAAAGCAAAUCUGUAAAACAUAACUGAGGAUGUCAAAGCUAGCACAGAGAGCUCUUUUUCUUUUCUAUGUUUCAACACAGGUGUGCACCGAGGUGUGGGCGCAGGUUUGUUCUUCGCAAUGCCGCUGUCCUCAGGAGCCUCCUCCAUGUGCCCCUGGUGUCCAGCUGAUCUUGGAUGACUGCGCCUGCUGUCUGGUGUGCGCCAAGCAGAGGGGGGAAAUCUGCUCCGACAUGAGCCCCUGCGACACCCGCCAGGGGCUGCAGUGUGACUAUACAGCUGACGUUCACAAGAGGACAGGCAUGUGCAUCGCUAAUGAGGGGGAUGUGUGCUUGCUGGAUGGGUCAGUCUACCAGAAUGGGGAGACCUUUUUCCCCAGCUGCAAGUACCAGUGCAUGUGUCGCGACGGCCAGAUUGCCUGUGUGCCGCGCUGCAACCUGGACGUGAUGCUGCCUGGCCCAGACUGCCCCAUGCCCCGGAGGGUGCAGGUGCCAGGGGAGUGCUGCGAGAAGUGGGUGUGUGAGCCCCAGGUGGAGGCUAGCGCGCUCGGAGGAUUUGCCAUGGCCGCCUACAGACAGGAGGAGACAGUGAGCUUCGAUGCCUGGGACCCCAGCCUCAACUGCAUUGAGCAGACGACCGAAUGGGGCGCCUGCUCCCGUACCUGUGGCAUGGGUGUGUCCACCAGGGUGACCAAUAAGAACAGGCGCUGUGAGAUGGUCAAGCAGAGCCGUCUGUGCAUCGCCCGCCCCUGUGAUGAGCAACCACACCAGCAAGAGCCCAAGAGAGGAAGCAAGUGCCAGCGACUGAUUAAGACUACGCUGGCCACCCACUUCACUUACAAGAACUGCACAAGCGUCAAGGCCUACAAGCCACGCUACUGCGGCUCCUGUACCGACGGGCGCUGCUGCACCCCCCACAGCACCCGGACGGCAUUGGUGGACUUUCAGUGCCACCAAGGCAAGACCGUGAGAAGGCCCAUGAUGGUGAUCAACAGCUGUGCCUGCCACCACCACUGCCCCCGAGACAAUGCCGUCUACCAGUACCAGCAACCGGUAGACCCGGACCUGGUCUACAGCGGCAUGAGGUUAUAAGAGACACACUUGGCAGAUACUGCCCUCUGUUGGAUGGUUUAGGGUGUUGGGUUUUAGAGUGUUGUUCGCACAUGAGUAGUUGGCUAGGGUGAAAGUCAAGGCACUUAGUGUUAGUCUUUAGAAGUAAACAACGGCACUAUUGCCUUCUGACGCUGCUGGCAGGGCAGUUGGGGACCUGCUUGCAAAAGACAGCCUCUGGGGUUGUUUUGAGGUCAGUGUUAAACUGUGUCUGCUUUAGGGCAACGGUAUACUGGUUGAUUCACAAAAGAUCGCUCACAGGGGAUUUAUAAGAGGUGGGGAUUUUAGAGGAUGUGAGGAAUCAAGACGGCUCCUCCCGAGUCACAUAUUUGACAGAGUAGUGACCCAGGUGGGGGGUUUCUUCCAGAGCCGAGGUGUGACGACCCACAGGGGCAACCCCUGCCCGAGGUCACGCUCACAUUGGUGCGGCAACUUUCACAUAUGCCUUUCUCAACCCCCCCACACUUGGUACCCCUACCCCCAUGCACACAAACCAGACCCUAGAGUCAAAGACUGCAAUAUUUUUCCUGAAAAAAACAAAAACACAAAGCUCCCUUUUGUGCCUCUGUGGUCCCUUUUUCAAAGGCUUGUAAGUAUUUGUCUCUACUAGACAGACAAAAGGUAUGUAAAUACUUGCUGUAUAGUUUGUAUUAUAAGCGUGUAUGAAAUACACAAUAUCUGUAAUACAUUGUAACCAUAUGUAAAUAACUAAUGUGUAUAUAGAUAUAUAUAGUCUUUGAUAAAUAUUAUUGUAUUAUACAGCUUUUCAUGUAAUUAAGAACAAUAUUGUGCUUUACUCUGUUGGAAUUAAAUAUGUAUUUUUUCUAUAAAAUGGGUAUUUAUGGUUCUGUUGAUAAAGCUGAUAAAAUGGGGUUGAACAGAUAAUACAGAGAAUAUCAAAUAAUAAGAAUGAACCGGUAAGAAUAAAGUAACAAUCAUUUCUUGAUAAAUUUCAAAACAUUCAAUGUAAUUAUAUCAUGAGUAAUGACAUUGUAUAAUUUCAGUUGUGCUUCCUUGAAUCACUGCUCUGUUGGUAGACCAAAGCCAACUCAAAGAAUGGAGCCACAUAGUACAAAACAGUUUAUUGUAUUGAAAUACCUGGUUUCUAUAAGGCAUAAAUAAGUUGAUCCCACAGGUACAUGUUAAAGAACAUUAUAGAAUCAUACAAACGUGGUACACAGAACAGAAUUCAAAUAUGUUUUCUCAAUGCUCAGAACCAGCAUUCAUUCAAAUAAAACAUAGGCUAACACAUUCCAAAUUCCAAACACACACACACACAC